UAAGCAUACCUGAGCUGGGACGUCCUUGAGUUCGGCAGGUUCAGACAGGAGUUUCAAUAUCAACAUCUGGCAUACCGGACUGAAGGGUGUUGCUCAAGUAAUUCGGGGAUAAUGAGCCAGUCUCAGCAAACAUCGUCCUGGUCCGUGGAAGAGGUGUUGGAAUGGAUUCAGGAGCAGCACCCGGGACACAUUGAGACGCUCUACAAAGGCAUCAUGAAACAUGACAUAUCAGGCCGAGCUUUGCUGAGACUAAAGGAGCAUCACCUGAAGCUUCUCGGGGUGGAGGAUAACGAGCAGCAGCAGGAAAUAUUGCAGGACCUUCUGCUCCUCAGAGUUCAGGAAGAAAUCAAUGAACUCAAUGACAUCUGCUCUGACUGUUUUUCUUCAUAAAGGAUGGCAAAACGACAGAAGGAUACCCAGCCGGGUUUUUUUAUUUCCCGUCUAUCCAUUCAUCUGUGCGAAGGAGAUUGAAAGGAUUGAUGGAAAUAACAAGAGAAGGUGAAUGGAAAGGGGGAUCGAUGGGGAAGAGAAGCGAGAAAGAAACCCAUUUCCUGUGUGAAAUUUGACCAGCGCAGAUGGAUGAGAUUAGUUUUUGUCUGGUUGUCCCUUUUUGAUCCCCUUUUGUCCAUUUGUCUCUGUCUUUCCCCUCUCUCUGUAUUCCGUUUAACCAUACCAAUAUCAAAUAACCUACAAAGAAAUCUGUAUUAAAUAAGAGAUAGAGUCCAAGAA